AUGAGUCGAAAAUUUGGCUUCUAUUUCCAGGAUGGCGGCGCCACAUUCGUGAUGGGCGACAAUCUCGAACAACUCAUUACUGAUCCUGUGACCUACAUAAAUGUCGCGCAGGGACCUUAUUGGGAAACGAGGGUUAACUGGAUAUUCAUUGAUGAUUCGGGAUUUUGCACGGAAGACCAUAGGAUGCUUUUCGAUACUGGCACAAACACAAUCGAUCUGCCUGGAGAUAUUCACAUGACGAUCAACAAUGUUCUGGGUAUCUGGAGGACAAUGCACCACGUUUACGUGUUCGACUGUGAAAGGCUGCCUGAUCUGCCUCCGAUUACAUUCCAAAUACAAGGGAAAAUGCUCCAAAUCAUGCCAAAACAGUACACAAAACAGGUAGAUAAUCGCUUUCACACAUGCGACCAACCGAUUGAACAUUCAACGACAACCACCAAUUACGACGUGUCGUGUUGCACUCGUUUUCAAAACACCACUCCCAACUGUUUUGUGGGCAUCAUACUGGGAAUGUCAUUCCUACAUUCAUUUCAACUGAUCUUCGACGACCACGCGGGUACCGUUGGAUUUUCCGCGCGUCCCGGAAGAUCGUUCAUUUCUUAA